AUAGAUUAUUGGUAUAGAACAGGGAGAUAGAUAUUGGAUAUAGAACGGGGAGAUAGAAUUGGAGACGGAAACCCAAUGACUUAUUAACGUGAAGUAAGUUCUACUUGUGUUUGAACUCUCCAUCCAGACCUGCUGAACUACCACAUCCUGAAGAACAUGCAGUGUGCAGAGUCCAUCACAUCUGGCACUCCUCUGGAGACCCUACAGGGGACUGUGUUAGAGGUGGGCUGUGAUGGGCUGACAUGACCCUCAACGGGAAGGCCAUCAUCCAGAAGAAAGAUCAGCUGGGACCAACGGAGUCAUCCACUACAUUAACGAGCUCCUCAUCCCAGACUCAGCUAAGACUUUGUUGGAGCUGGCCCAGGGAUCCGCCGUUACCACAGCGACCAAAGCUGUUUGUUGAUGCUGAUCUUGGCUCCCACCUUUCUGGCUCAGAGGCUCUGACCAUCCUGACCCCUCAGAAUGAAGCUUUCAAAGAGGGUGUGACAAUGGACCGGUGACCUGAAGAAAGCUGUUGAAGAACCACAUCCUGAAGGAGCAGCUGUCUUCCGGGUCACUGUACUACGGACAAGAAG